GGUGAAGAUACACUGGAAGAACUUCCAAUAUCCGCUGUCGAGUUGGGAACCAAUUCCACCACCUAUACUUGGCAAUAUCCUGUUGCCCAUAUGACAUGGGUUAAGCGUGUCUUGAGCGCCCUUGACCUUGAUAUCCCAGAAAUAGCAAGGGACGCUGCCGCAAUGAUACUUCUGGCCGACAGGAAGAAAGGCUGUACCCUUAGCCCUGUCUUCAAAUUCCUAAAUCAGCAAGCCAAGCUUGAAAUGCAGGGUAUGACAGCCUAUCGCAUCCCGCGUCUGUACCUAGCAAUUCUCCAGGCCAUGGCCUUAUGCGAUGACGAAGCCAAAUCUAACAUCUACAAGCUCGUUCCGUCUCUCAAGCCAAUGGAAUACCCUUCGGGUUCAAAUCAGCAUAUUCUUACCUAUCGAGGUACCUGGCAUUGGACCUCUUCCAAAUCUAUGGUGGAAAUAUUCCCCACACACCCUCCUAGAGGCCACGAGAGACCCUGCGCUAGCCUAAGUCUGACUGAUGAUUUUCAAUGGCCGGUGGACUGGGCAAUGGACUGGGAUUCGGAAUCAUCCAAAGGAGAGCGCAUCUGUUUCGAAAAGAUUACUCCGCAUUGGGAAGCUCACCUCAUGACAAACAAUCGAACAACGGGUCCUCUUAGUUACUUAUCACCCUUUCUUUUGGGAGAGGCGAACGGUUCGCAUGGUCCAACGAUGGUGCCGGGCGGAAUUUCGGCUAGUUACAUCGAAAAAUACAUGGAUAUGAUGCAGUCAGCGGUCAAGUAUCAAACCUUGAAAGGGCAACUAAAGCUGAUGAUUAACAAUGGCAAUAUCAAUGGAGAUUCCGUCGAUAAUCUGUUGAAGCAGGUUGAGGGUAUCUAG